AUGUGGUCUUGUGGUCUUUCGAAACACUUUUUGAGCUUACUUGUGCCUUAUUUGUCAUCAACACAAGACGCUGAAGAGUUUACAAUGAUCAAUAAAAAAUGUAAAGACGCAGUUGAGGCUUUACAACAAAACCCUUGUUACUCCACUCCUUCUUACUUUACUGAAGCAGAGAAACAAAUGUGUUUUACAAAGGAAAUUCGCCUCUUUCCAAGACUCAUCUCUGUUGCGUUUAAUACAUUCUCACCUUUUGUGUUGUCGUAUAAUCCUCAACGAAUUGAUAAUAUCUAUAUAUUCGAUGAAAUUGAUGUGGUAAACGCACAUUUGUUACUACCAAUUGCUGAGAAACUGGUAAAGAUCUCAAUUUUUGCAUAUCAAGAGGCAUACGACUUGAGUCUAUUUACAAGUUUGAAAUACGUGACUAUUCGUCUGUGUGCUCGUGGAGGUGAGCUUUCCCAAUUUUUCACAGACAAAUCAAGACACUUUGAAACAGUCAAAAUUAUUUUUGAGAAGGGAAUUGAUGUGGCAUUUCUGCAAAAUAUCGAGUUCUAUAACUUCCAUACCAUCAUUUUUUUAUUUAAAGAUAUUACACUACUGAAUUGUGCCCAACAAAUAAUUGGGGAAAAUAUUCAUACAAAAAGAAUCAUAUUUUGUUAUAAGGAAUAUACAGAACUACUUAACAAAGACGUUUAUAUAAUAGGAAACAAGUGGAUAUUAAGUACAACUGAAAUUAAUGAAUUAGCACAAAAUAGUAACGUUCUUGAUUCUGAACAGAUUUUUAAUUUUCGAAAUCUGGAAAACACCGACUUUUUGCAGUUGUGGUACCACAAAUGUGAUCUUCCUGAAAUUGUGAAAAAAGUCAAACAAUAUCUUCCAUACAAAAUAUCGAACGUCUCAGGAAAUAUUUCGUUUCUCAAUAAUUUCAUUAACAUUAAAGGAGUUUAUCCAUUAAUUCUACCAGAAAAUGUCGAAGUGUUAAAAAUAGAACUAAAAAGUGUUCCAAACGACAAUAUUUCACAGAAUUUCUGUGACUGCCAAAAUUUGAAGAAAUUAAAAAUCAAUUGUCAAUUUAGUAAUGAAACAAAUACAUUUUUCUUUCUAAUUCCAAGACGGGUGAUUCACUUUGAAAUGUGUGGUGGCUCGGUCACAGCCAAAAAUAUGACUUGUGUUGAAAAAAUGGUUCUAAGAGGUGUCCACUUUAUAGCCAAUUUAAACUUUGAUAAACUCCAUGUACUAGAAAUCAAAGAUUGUACCUGUGAUGGGCUCGAUUCACUCACCCAUUUAAAUACACUGAAAUCAGUUCAUUCAAUACACCAAACUUUACCUCCUCUUCUCAAGAAAUUGCUCUCAGAACCUAUUCACUUUACUCCUCUCCAUACUCUUCAAAGUUACACAUUAUUAUCAACUCCUAAAACACAAUUUGAGAUGAGCAUGAAACACUUUACUCAUUUAAAGGAGUUACAACUCAAUUACGUUGUCAAUUGUCCAUUUUCUCUUCCAAACACUUUAACUCGACUUUCCCUCAACAUUUGUCAUUGGACUGAACUUGUCGACUUCACUUCUUUGAUUUUUCUCGUUGAAUUUAGUGCAAAUUGUUACCACACAAAGUGCUUAUUACCAUGUUCUGUGAGAAAAGUGGUGGUCUCUGGUUGCCUAGAUUUCACCAUCAACAAUUUGAAAGAUCUUUCAAACUUGAAAACCCUCAUAAUCAGUCUUUCUAAAUUCGACAUUCACAACACUCCACAAACUGUCGAGCAUCUCUUUAUUGACAACCAAAGUGUACUCGAACGUGGCGUUCUUGACAAAUUCGGUUCAUUAAAAAACAUCGAAAAUUUUGAUUGA